UGGUGAGUUAAGAACUGUUUCAGUUCAGGGGAGGCGGGGGUGGUGGUUCCUGUGCGUCAUCAUUUCCUGUCAGUGCAGAGAGGAAGUUGAUUUUCUGGUGCACAGUGCGGCCGUGUGGACAAGACAACAAGCUGUGUGGAUGAUCAGUACAGAAGAUGGAAAAGGAAACUGCAGACGUGGAAACAGUUUCAGGUGCAUCAGGAAUCCUCAGUGUUUCUCAGAGUUUUGGCAGUUUUGGCCGUGACUAUAAGAGUAUAAACCCUGCACGUGAUGCCAAGUCCAUGAGUUGGGAUAGACCUUAUCUCAGCAACCCUAAGAUUCCUGGUUUGCUGAAGAGAGUUUUCAAGGGGUCUGAUAGAAAGUCCAGACAUCAAGAGGUUGGUGAAUGGAGCCUGGAAGAGUGUCGACACUCCAUCAUGGAGCUGGCAAAGGAGAUGAACAGAGUCUUGAAGAACUCUGCCAUUCCUACCCCUGUGUCCAGUGAGGAUACGUGCAGCCUGGAAGAGUGUCGCUGCUUCAUCAUGAAAUGGGCUGGCGAGUUGGACAAGCUGGUCCAGACACCAAAGCAAAGUCAGAGUGCUGGACAGGUUGAGACAAGAAAAGGAGCAGAGCUGAGAAACAAAGAGGAUCUUCCAGGACCAGAGGGGGAGGAGCUGAGUGAGGGGGCGGGGCAGAACCAGGGGGAGGAGCUGGACCAAGAGGAGGAGCAAAGACUGAAGGACGGUCACGACAUCAUCAUGCAGUGGGCAAGAGAGCUAAAGACAGUGCCAGAGAACUCUGUCUCAGCGGGGGAGGCUGUGGAACAGGGUGUUGCAGAGCUGGUGAAGGAGUGGAAACGAGGCAAGCUGAGUAACAUCUUACCCAUCAUGGAGUUCAUCAUGUGGACCCUGAUCAAGGAGGAGGCAAAGGGAAUGCUGAAAUCUCAGAAUAUUGGUGCUGGGAGAUCCAUCCCUGAUUUAGUCUGGCAGUGGAUUCACAAGGCAUCAGUUGACAGUUUGACUCUGGACCUCGAUACAGCACACCCCCGGCUCACCCUGCCUGUGGAUGAGAAACACGUGAGAAGGAAAAGGCAGGAUCAUAACAAUCCCCAGAGAUUUGAUUACAGGCGCUGUGUCCUGGGCAAGGAGGGCUUCACCUCAGGGAGACACUACUGGGAGCUUGGGGUGGGAGAGAAUACAUUCUGGAGAUUAGGAGUCAGCAGAGAGUCUGCCCCGAAGAAGGGGAAGUUCAGCAUGACCCCCCAGCAGGGUUACUGGACUGUGGGGUGGAGUGGAGAUGAAGAUAAAGAUGAGUUCACUGCUCUCACUGACCCCCAGACCCCCCUCCCCCCGAGCCUGAAGCCCCAGAAGCUGGGGGUGUAUCUGGAUUAUGAGGAAGGGCAGCUCUCCUUUUACAAUGUGGAGACCAGAUCUCACAUCUACACUUUCACUGACAUGGAGUUCAAUCCCAAUGAGAAACUCUAUCCAUUCUUCUGGUCGUUGGAAUACAAAGACCUUGCACUGGUGUCCCCGGGGAAGAUGAAUGACAGCUUUUUCUUUCUUCUAGUCUGGAAAUGGAUUCUUGCUGCAUCAGUUGACAGUUUGACUCUGGACCUCGAUACAGCACACCCCCGGCUCACCCUGCCUGUGGAUGAGAAACAAGAGAGAAGGAAAAGGCAGGAUCAUAACAAUCCACAGAGAUUUGAUUACAGGCGCUGUGUGCUGGGCAAGGAGGGCUUCACCUCAGGGAGACACUACUGGGAGCUGGGGGUGGGAGAGAAUACAUUCUGGAGAUUAGGAGUCAGCAGAGAGUCUGCCCCGAAGAAGGGGAAGUUCAGCAUGACCCCCCAGCAGGGUUACUGGACUGUGGGGUGGGAUGGAGAUGAAGAUAAAGAUGAGUUCACUGCUCUCACUGACCCCCAGACCCCCCUCCCCCCAAGCCUGAAGCCCCAGAAGCUGGGGGUGUAUCUGGAUUAUGAGGAAGGGCAGCUCUCCUUUUACAAUGUGGAGACCAGAUCUCACAUCUACACUUUCACUGACAUGGAGUUCAAUCCCAAUGAGAAACUCUAUCCAUUCUUCUGGUCGUUGGAAUACAAAGACCUUGCACUGGUGUCCCCGGGGAAGAUGAUUGACAGCUCUUUCUUUCUUCUAGUCUGGGAAGGGAUUCUUGCUGCAUCAGUUGAUGUGACUCUGGACCCUGAUACAGCACACCCCCAGCUCACCCUGUCUGCGGAGGGGAAACGAGUGAGACGGGGAGGGACAUGGCAGGAUCUCCCUAACACUCCACAGAGAUUUAAUAACACGUUCUGUGUGCUGGGCAGGGAGGGCUUCACCUCGGGGAGACGCUACUGGCAGGUGCAGGUGGGGGGGAAUACAUACUGGAGAUUAGGAGUCAGCAGAGAGUCUGCCAAGAGGAAGGGGGGGUUCAGCAUGACCCCCCAGCAGGGUUACUGGACUGUGGAGUGGAGGUGGAGUAGAGAUGAGUUCACUGCUCUCACUGACCCCCGGACCCCCCUCCCCCUGAGCCUGAAGCCCCAGAAGCUGGGGGUGUAUCUGGAUUAUGAGGAAGGGCAGCUCUCCUUUUACAAUGUGGAGACCAGAUCUCACAUCUACACUUUCACUGACAUGGAGUUCAAUCCCAAUGAGAAACUCUAUCCAUUCUUCUGUACUUACAGUAAUACAGACCUUGUGCUGGAGUCCCCUGACGUUGACCCUGUCAGCGCUGCAGAUUAAACACACAUUGCUGUCUGAACCAGGAAACUAUUCAAACAGCUCAGACAAUCUCCUCUUCACUUUCACUGACACUCUCUCUGCACUCUUCUGGGCUGAUGAGAAGAAAUCCUCUCUCUUCCACCCUCUUACCCUGAGCCCCUCCUCUUUAUUUCUCUACACCCCCUUUCCUACUCUCCCUUCCUGUCUCCCUCUCUCUUUCCCCUCCACCUCUCUCCAUCUCCUUCUUUCUCUUUCUCUCCUCUCCCCUUCUCUCUGCCUCCCCUAUGGCUCUCCCCUCCUCUUUCUCUCUCCCUUCCCUCUGAUAUGCUAAUCUCCUCCCUUUCCCACUCUCCCUCUCUCCUCCAUCCUCUCUACUCUCCCUCUCUCCACCCUGCCUUCUCUACUCUCCCUCUCUCCUCCUUCCCCUCUACUCUCCCUCUCUCCACCCUGCCUUCUCUACUCUCCCUCUCUCCUCCAUCCUCUCUACUCUCCCUCUCUCCUCCAUCCUCUCUACUCUCCCUCUCUCCUCCAUCCUCUCUACUCUCCCUCUCUCCUCUAUCCUCUCUACGCUCCCUCUCUCCUCUAUCCUCUCUACGCUCCCUCUCUCCUCCAUCCUCUCUACUCUCCCUCUCUCCUCCAUCCUCUCUACGCUCCCUCUCUCCUCCAUCCUCUCUACUCUCCCUCUCUCCUCUAUCCUCUCUACGCUCCCUCUCUCCUCCAUCCUCUCUACUCUCCCUCUCUCCUCUAUCCUCUCUACGCUCCCUCUCUCCUCCAUCCUCUCUACUCUCCCUCUCUCCACCCUGCCUUCUCUACUCUCCCUCUCUCCUCCAUCCUCUCUACUCUCCCUCUCUCCUCCCUGCCUUCUCUACUCUCCCUCUCUCCUCCAUCCUCUCUACUCUCCCUCUCUCCUCCAUCCUCUCUACUCUCCCUCUCUCCUCCAUCCUCUACUAUCCCUCUCUCCUCUAUCCUCUCUACGCUCCCUCUCUCCUCCAUCCUCUCUACUCUC